AUGGCGGAACGUGGUGGUUUCGGUUCAGGGUUCGGAAGGGGUCGCGGAGGGCGACGCGCAUCCUCAAGGGGACGUGGUGGAAGCGAGGACGACCUGAAGAACUGGGUCCCAGUCACCAAACUGGGCAGGCUGGUUUCAGCAGGUUUGAUCCAGUCGAUCGAGCAGAUCUACUUGCACUCGAUUCCCAUCAAGGAGUACCAAAUCAUCGACUACUUCUACCAGCCCACUCUCACCGACAAGAAAUUGGCUGACGAUGUUGUCAAGAUCGUACCCGUGCAGAAGCAGACCAACGCCGGUCAGAGGACCAGGUUCAAGGUCUUCGUUGCCAUCGGUGACUUCGACGGACACUGCGGACUUGGCACCAAGUGUGCCAAGGAAGUUGCUACCGCCAUUAGGGGCGCGAUCAUCUCGGCCAAGUUGUCGCUCAUCCCAGUCAGGCGUGGCUAUUGGGGUAACAUGAUCGGCGAGCCUCACACCGUCCCGAUGAAGGUCUCGGGCAAGUGUGGAAGUGUAAGGGCCAGGUUGGUGCCUGCCCCAAGAGGUACACAGAUCGUCGGAGCGCCCACCACCAAGAAGCUUCUCGCCUUCGCCGGCGUUAAGGACUGCUUCUCCUGCUCCUCGGGAUCCACCAAGACCAGGGGUAACUUCUUGAAGGCCGUUUUCGCAGCACUGUCGGCCACCUAUGGCUACCUCACCCCCGACUUGUGGAGGCAGGUCAAGCUACAGCCCUCGAUAUACGAGGAGUUCGCCAGCUUCCUCAACUCCGGCAAGACCCACGUGAAACCAGAGGCGGCGCCAUACUACGCUUAA